UUUACUAUUUAUGAGUGUGGCUCCUCCUUCCUUUCAAUCCCUUAAUUAAAUAGCUUCCCCUCUACAGGCUUUUGAAGUGGUAGCAGUUCCUCCUAACUCCUGCCAGAAACAGCUGUCCUCAACAUGAGUGCUGCACCCGUCCUCGUGGCCAGGGCAGCAAGCCUUAGCCUUGGCUUCUUGUUUCUGCUUUUUUUCUGGCUAGACCGAGGUGUACUAGCCAAGGAGUUGAAGUUUGUGACUUUGGUGUUUCGGCAUGGAGACCGAAGUCCCAUUGACACCUUUCCCACUGACCCCAUAAAGGAAUCCUCAUGGCCACAAGGAUUUGGCCAACUCACCCAGGUUGCUCUGCAGAAGAAAACCUCAUGUUCCCUUUACAUUCGCUUCUGCUUUGAUUUUCCUACUUAGGUUUACAUUCGAAGCACAGACGUUGACCGUACUUUGAUGAGUGCUAUGACAAACCUGGCAGCCCUGUUUCCCCCAAAGGGUGUCAGCAUCUGGAAUCCUAACCUACUCUGGCAGCCCAUUCCAGUGCACACAGUUCCUCUUUCUGAAGAUCAGUUGCUAUACCUGCCUUUCAGGAACUGCCCUCGUUUUCAAGAACUUGGGAGUGAGACUUUGACAUCAGAGGAAUUCCAGAAGAGGCUGCACCCUUAUAAGGAUUUUAUAGCUACCUUGGGAAAACUUUCAGGAUUCCAUGACAAGGACCUUUUUGGAAUUUGGAGUAAAAUCUACGACCCUUUAUAUUGUGAGAGUGUUCACAAUUUCACUUUACCUUCCUGGGCCACUGAGGACGCCAUGACCAAACUGAGAGAAUUGUCAGAAUUGUCCCUCCUGUCCCUCUAUGGAAUUCACAAGCAGAAAGAGAAAUCUAGGCUCCAAGGGGGUGUCCUGGUCAAUGAAAUCCUCAAUCACAUGAAGAGAGCAACUCAGAUGCCAAGCUACAAAAAACUUAUCAUGUAUUCUACACAUGACACUACUGUGAGUGGCCUACAGGUGGCGCUAGAUGUUUUCAACGGACUCCUUCCUCCCUAUGCUGCUUGCCACUUGAUGGAAUUGUACUUUGAGAAGGGGGAGUACUUUGUGGAGAUGUACUAUCGGAAUGAGACGCAGCACGAGCCGUAUCUGCUCACGCUACCUGGCUGCAGCUCCAGCUGUCCUCUGGAGAGGUUUGCUGAGCUGGUUGGCCCUGUGAUCCCUCAAGACUGGUCCACGGAGUGUAUGACCACAAGCAGCCAUCAAGUUCUAAAGGUCAUCUUUGCUGUUGUCUUUUGCCUGAUAUCUGCUGUCCUAAUGGUACUGCUGUUUAUCCACAUUCGCCGUGGACCCUGCUGGCAGAGAGACUCCUAUGGGAACAUCUGAACAGACAACUGGAUAAGCCAGGCCAACCUCCUGUGACACAGCAUCUCUCAGUGGUACCGCAUCUAAAGGACAGGCUUUUGCCAUGUGGGCAUUGCCGUCCUCACACCCUGCCUUUUGAAUCUGCCUAGAGCAGGGUCUGAACUCACAGGGACCCACAGACAGCUGCUGGACUGACAGAUGAAUGAACACCAAGGUUACCUAGGUCUUCUCAUCAUGGAGUGGUAGUGCAGGCUGCUCGUUCAGCUAGAAAGAGGCUGUUAUGCAUAGGAUGGUUGUAUUCUCCGCCACAGUUGUCCAGAGAGAAAUAAGAAGCCAAACUCUAAUCAGCCUUUUACCUGCAAAGAGCGAAGGAUGAGAAGGUGGACAAAGACAUAGAUUAGAAAAAUA